GCCGACCAUGCCUCUUACCCUGAGCAUUGGAAAAUGAAUACGAGUGGAUUGUUUCGUUCUCAAUAUUUUGCAUCUUACUUUUUCCGACGUAGGCAUCGUACUUAUUUCUUUCGCUGUACAAUUUAUCAUCUAAUUAAUUUUGAUUGACCGAAUGCAGUACCUCGGUUUGAUAAGACAUUAUAAUGAGGGGACAAAAUGUAAACAAAUUAAUCAUUUAUGAUAACUGGUUAUGAAUCAAUUAAGAUUCUUAAUAUAGGAAUAGGAAACCAGCUGAUGGAAGGGCUAAGAUCUUUGACUUUUUGUUUACUCCUCUUUGUCUUUGGCUUUGGAUUGAGAUUACUUCUUUGAUCGAGUCUUCUGUACUCCUGUGAGCUAAACUAUAAUAUUUUCGAAUACGUACAUUUUUUUCUGGACUUGGUUGAUAAUAUCUUAAGAUGUAGUGAUCCAUAUUUAAAUAACAACUCAUUACAUUCAAUAUGAAGUGUAUCAGUUCUUUGUUUUUAAAAAAUAAGUUGAUACUUCUGCGAAACUGAAUCAACGCUGAAUGUAAUCGGAAAUGUAGAGGAUGCUGGGAUCGUUGACAAUGUUGUGGAGAAGAGAAAAGGGAAAAUAACUGUAGUGUCGUACCGCUCGAUCAACAAUUUCUACUGGUAUCUGAACGGUUAUUAUUUUUUACUGAUACUGAUGUUGCUGUCUAGAGGAAAAGCAGCCAGUUUUACUGACAUCCUUAUGUCUGACAAACCACAUUGAUUGGGAGAUCACACACUGGAAUCAUGGAACACGACAGAAGGCAUCCGAUGAACAUGAAUGGGAUGGCUCGGCAUCAUCCACAUCAUCAUCCCCCUCCCCACAUUCAGUCGGAGAUGGACAAAAGACGGCGAAAUUAUAAGCUUUUAGCAGAUCCCAUGCUGGACCACAGCAAGGAGAAAGUUUAUCGCUUUGAUGGAGUCAACCCACAUGAUGGCAGGACCGUGGAGACCAAAGACCCGAGACCUAAGUAUCAGCGGAUCUGCUACAGAAGGCAGCCCUCAGACCUGCCUGUGCCUAGAUGGAAGUAUGACCAGUUCUACGUGGGUACCCCACCAGCUAAAGAGGUCACCUUCAGCAAUCUGAAUGACAACAUUGGUCGUGACUUCCUGGAAAAUAUGGUAAAGGGCUUCGGCAAGGUGGAAGACGUCAAGAUAUACUAUCACCCAAGGAACAGAAAACAUCUUGGGAUUGGAAAGGCCGUGUUUGCCCAGUCGAAGUCUGCCCGUGCGUGUGUGGAAAAGCUUCAUCGUACUUCCAAGAUGGGCAACAUCAUGAACGUUGUGUUGGACACUAUGGGCAAGGAACGUCAGCGGCUGAUGGACGAGCGACUGUGUGAGCGGCCCCGGAUUGAAAUGGAGCCCAUGAAGCAGCACGGCCCGCCCCCGUCACGCACCAGCAGCGUGGACACGCUCGAGAGGUUCGACUACGUGGAGCCCGAGUCGGAGAAGAAGCCGUCGUACUCUCGGCACCGGGAGAAGAAGAGCCACCAGCACCACCACUCGCACCCGCCGCACCAGCAGGAGAACGUCCCGGAACACUUCGACAACGUCAGCGGCUCCUCCUCCUCCGACAUGGGCUACAACUCGGGGACGCCGUUCAGCCAGAGCGGCUACACGCCCAACAGCUUUGACCCCCACCACCCCCCACAGCACUUCCUGCCCCCGGGCCAGGAGCACCACCACCCCCCGCCACCCUUCACACCGGCCGGUGACAUGAACUUCAACGGCCCUCCCCCUCACAUGCCCCCGUUCCACCAUCAGAACAUGCCCCCGCAUCCACAGACUCCGAUCCAUCACGGCCCGCCCCCAAUGACCCCUCACCAUCCGAUGUUUAACGACAACUUCGGUCCAGGACCCCCGCCCCCUCGCGGCCCCGGCCCGGGCCAUAUGCCAUUUGAGAUGCCGUCCAGAUUCCCUCCUCCCCCCGACCAGCCUCCUCCCGGGGGCAUGCAUGGACUCCCGUCUCCCAUGCCUUUUGACAGACCAGACCCCUCCAGUAUGCACGGAAUGAACAGUCGCGAGGAGCGAGACUGGAGGGGCAGAGGGGGGCGACCUCCCGCUAUGGAGUUCCACGAGCCCCCUCCGACCCCGACGCCUCCUGUCAUACCUGGUCCCAGCCCCGGUCCGCCCAUCAUUGCAGGCCCGCCCCCUCGGAACAGAGAGCCGGUCCCCGAGAGGCCGCUCGUGGAGGUGCCCAAGGAAAUCCCCAUGGAGAAGCAGUCUGCACAGCCGGACACCCCCGAAGCGGAGGUGGACGAGGAGCCGCGGUUCAUGAGCCUUGAGUCCCGAAUCCAGAGUCUCCUUCAGGGCGGUGGCGAGGCGGAGGACAAGGAGGACGGGAAGUCGGGCGGGGAGGCGGGCUGCGAGCCGGACAUUCCCGCCUCGCCGGCCCCGAAGGCCGCGGGCCACGGGCUCCCUCCAGGGCCUCACCAGGACUCCAAUGUCAUGUGGGAGGCCAACAACGUGCACAUGGGCCACCACCCACACGGCCCUCAUGGGCCGCACGGCCCGCCGGGCCACCUCCCCCCUCUCCAUCACCCGCACAUGCCCCUGCCCCAUCACGCACAGCCUCCCCCACCUCAUCACGGGCAGCCCCCCCCUCUCCACAGCCAGUCGGGCCCCCCCCAUAUGCAGCCGCCGUCAGGUCACAUGAACAUGGACAUGUGGGCCGCGGGCUCCAACGGCCUCCCCCCUCAGCCCACCAUGCCGUGGGUCCCACAGUCCCCCAUGGAAGGACACCCUCCUCCCUCCCACCAACAAAACUUUGACCCCUCGCGGUCACAGCUCAACGGUGACGCUCAAGGUAAAGGUCGGGGGAAGGGUAAAAAGAAAAAUCGAAACAAAGGAGGAGGGGGUGGCAGUAAGUUUUCUGGUCAGAAUUCCUUUUUCACUCCGGACGUCUCUCCCAACAGCCUCAUGGACUCAAAGAGGGAGAACAGGAGGAGGGGCGCGGAGAGGAAGGCGGAGGGCUCGCCCGUUCCGCUAAUGGAGAUUGACUUCAAACCUCGCUCGUCGUACUCGGAGGACUCGUUACCGUUGCGCAACAACGGGGUCGGGGCCGACCUGGACGUGGAGGACGACCGCAUGAGUCUGGACUCUGUGAGCAGCGGGGAGGAGAGACUAGUGGUCAACCCGCCCAACGGGACCCAGCCCGGCUUCACGGAGGACUGGGGCCCCCAGAGUCGGGGCCCGCCGGGCAUCGGCGGGGACCCCGGGGCUGAGUUUGACCAGGAGACGGAUUUUGUGACUCAUAUGUUUUCCCAUGUGCUCAGCGAGUUUGUGGCCGAGCUCAAAUCCAUCAUGCAGAAAGAUCUGUGUAAGAAAAUGGUGGAAACGUCAGCAUUCAAGUACUUUGAGCAGUGGUGGGACCAAGAACAGGAAAAGAACAAGCCAUCCAAAGUGGACAAGGUGGAGGUGAAGAAAGAGGUGGCCCCUGCUCCCAGUGUGGCCCCAGGCAUGACCUCUGCCCUCGCUGGCCUCUUCGAGGCUCGACAUCCAUGGUCCAAGGAAGGAGGUCUGGAGGCAGGGCUAGGCUUCAACCGCUACAGCUCCGGCGGCCUGCUGGGUAUCCGCUCUGGCAUGUCCAAGCUGCCGUCAUUCAAGAAAAAGUCUCAGGAACCAGCGGCAGCAGGGGAAGAUGAUGACCCGGAGGACAAGGUGACGGGCAGUGCCCAGUCGGAGAAGCAGGAGGCCUUUGUGGACGACGAGGAAGAAGACGACGAUGAUGAUGAUGACGACGACUCCGACUUGGAGGAAACGUCUAAGGCUCUGGGGAAACGUCCCGGCAGAAAGAUCUACAGUUCCGACGAGGAUGAGGAGUCGGACACUGCCAAAGCUGGUGAGAUCCUGUCUUUAAUUAACACUUACAGUACCGCGGGGUCAUAUAGUGAAAAACCCUUGAGUACCGCACCGAUUUAUGAGUCUGGAGAGGAUGUGAAAGCCAAGUCGCCAGCCAGGAGCCUGUCUCCCAUUGAGGAGGAGAAAGAGAGCAAGCCCAGCCCUGAGGAAGGAGAGAUCUCCGCAGCGGAGGAAGAGAAGGAUGUGAAGAUGGAAGAGGAGGAAGAAGAGGAUGUGAAGGAGACGAAGCCAGAGUUUGAGGAGCCUCGUCGCCCGCCUCCGGGUCGAGGUCGUGGGGGGCGCAGGGGUCGUGGGGGGAGGAGGGGUCGUCGAAAGAGCAGCGAGUCAGAUGAUGACCGCGUGGUAGCGCCGUUGAAGGAUGAGGUGAAAGAGGAGGAGAAGGAGGAGGGUGAGCUCAUGGACUCGACCGACGCAGAGGCUGCGGAGAUGCUGAUGGCUCUCGCCGGCCACAUUCCCCGCACGCCCGAUGUGAACAACGGCGCUACGCCUUUCGCUGCCAGUAACACGAGUGGCGCUGACACUGCCGCAGAUGAAGCGACGUCGGACGAUGAAGAUCGUCGACAGUUUGUGAAUUCGGCCAUCGCGGAGCACGAUUAUUUCAGCACCCGGCCUCAGGAAGACGAUUCCGAUUCCACGGACUCGGCAGACGAUGAAGCGAUGCGCAUAACGCAGGAGGUCUGGAUAGACCACAACUACUGCUUACCGUCUGCUCGCUUCAAAGUGCGAGAGACGCCUGAAGCUCUCGAAAAAGAGGCCUUCAGGAGACUGUCUGCGAAAGACCGUAAGGAAAUGGCAGCAAAGAUAGAUGCAACUAUAGACGAAGUGAUUUCCAAAGCUCACGAAAAGCCGGAGCCCAAAAAGAAGUCUCCGGUAUCGGCAGCAACCAACAAGAAAGCCAAAGCCAGCACCAAAAAACUGACAGACGUGACCAAUAAGGUGCGGGGUUCCCGCGAGCUGGCCAGCAUUCUGCCGGACGUGGAGGUGAAACCAAAGAUUACGUUCACGCCGCGCACGCUGCACGAGGAGCGGCAAGUCUUCUUCGACAUCUACAACCGCGGCAUGGACACGGAGGACAUCGACCUUCUGAAGCGGACGUACGACACGCUCAUGCAGUCAGACGACCCGGCCUUCUACUGGCUCAACGAUAUCCUGUGGGUGGACCACCCCAAUACUCACAUCCCCGACCCGCCCAAGAAGAAGAGACGGGUAGAAGAAACCGCCCGUCCACAUAAGACAGGCUCGGCUCGCACGGAGGGCUACUACAAGGUGACCAUGGCGGAGAAGGCUGAGUACCUGAGCAGCACGACCAGCCUGCACGUACAGCAACAGUCGGCAGACGAGGAGACGGCCGGGCAGGAGGAGACAAAGAAAAAGCAGCAGACGUCUCGAGAGGUUCGUAACGAGAACCGACGUCUUCAGACGGCCAUCGCAGCGCUACAAGAGAACCUGGAGGUGGAAGUCAGUGACCUGCUCAAGUUCAAUCAGCUCAAAUGUCGCAAGAAGCAGCUGCGGUUCGCCAAGUCAGGCAUCCACGACUGGGGGCUGUUUGCGCUGGAGCCCAUCGCGGCCGACGAGAUGGUCAUAGAGUACGUGGGCCAGGCCAUCCGUCAGCCAAUCGCGGACCUGCGAGAGAAGCACUACGAGAACACGGGCAUCGGUAGCUCGUACCUGUUCCGCGUGGACCACGAGACCAUCAUUGACGCCACCAAGUUCGGCAACCUGGCUCGCUUCAUCAAUCACAGUUGCAAUCCCAACUGCUACGCAAAGAUCAUCACAGUGGACUCCCACAAGAAGAUUGUCAUCUACUCCAAGCGUGACAUCGACGUCAACGAAGAGAUCACCUACGACUACAAGUUCCCCUUCGAGGAGGACAAGAUCCCGUGCCUAUGUGGGGCUCAGGGCUGCCGAGGCUACCUCAACUAGACAGUCGCUGUGGGUUGUUGGCGGGUGCUCUGGUGUGGUUUGCUUCUUCUUCUUUCCUAUCAAACAUCUAUCAUCUUUA